AUGGACUCCACCGGAGCAGGGGUCUCGUCUUCAAUCUCCCUGUCUGAGCAUGGAGAAUAUGCUGCUCAGACAAGUGCGAAAGAUCUCAUUCUGCACCUCAACCCGACCUCUUCUGGGUUCCAGGAUGUAGAAAUCGUCAAAGUCAAAGAAAGCUCGUCAAAGUUUUUGAAAUUCUCACGAGCGAGCUACACUGUAUCACCAGAAACAUAUGCCGCUAGAGGUGAAAUUGCACCAGGGAGACGUGUGCUCCAUGCCAGUGAUGCACGCGUUCUGGUAUGGCAAUUGCUCCCGCUGCAAUUACAUGCUGAAAUCGAAAGUAUCGAGCCUGGUGCCCUGAACAUUGAUUUCGGCAGCGAUGAAAAUGAGGUCAUAGUUUUCCAUGCAUGGAAUACAAGGUUAACUGUGUAUGCUCUGGACACCGGCCGCAGCCAGGUUAUUAAAUCUCCGAAAUUUGCUCAUCAUAAUGGCUUCGGGUACCGACCUAAGACGGGGCAGUUUGCAAUCCUAUUAAAACCAGACACAGUGGACCUAUUGACUAUCCAUGGGUUCAGAUCGUACGAGUUAAUAAACCGGGCGGUGCUACCGACAGUAGACGCUCAAGGCUUGAAAUGGAGCCCCGACGGGAGAUGGGUAGCCGUUUGGGAUGCUGCCAGUGCGGGUACCAAGGUUCUUGUAUUCACUGCCGACGGGCAACUCUUCAGGACUUAUACCGGGCCACCUGGGUUCGAUGAUUCCUUUGACCUUGGAGUCCGAGGUAUAGAAUGGAGUCCGGUUGCGAACGAGAGCGGCAUCUCGGAAUAUCUAGCCAUCAGCAAGGUCGAUGGAACUGUUGAUAUUUUACGGUGCAAAACAUUCUCAUGCUCGACAACAUUAUCCCAUGUCUUCCAAAUUGAUGACAACUCGCCCAGUAUAUGGCGUGAGCGCUACGCAACUACAGACGGCACCCUUGAAUAUGCCGAGUCGUCCAGCUCUUCUGCCUUUAGUAUAACUGCAGAAACAUCCGGCCCACCGCGGGGCGUAUCAAUCAUGGCAUUCAGUUGCAACGGAAACCUCCUAGCCACUGUAGACCAAACACGACCAAACAUUGUUUGGAUAUGGAACUUGGAGUCCACUGCCGUGCUUGUAUCAGCCUUGGUUCACGAACAUCCUGUCAAGCAGGUCGCAUGGCAUCCCUCGAACAUCCAGUUACUUAUCAUCACUGCCAACAAUGCUCUUGCUGCUGUUCGAUCCUGGAGCCCUGACAGCCAGCCGUCAAUCAUUUACAUUCCUACUUCACGAAGCGACAGCGGGCGAUACGAUAUGAAAUGGCUAUCAUCCAGUCAAGGAGACGACUCAAAGUUCUGGUUUGGAACGACUGAAGAGUAUACACUCGGUCGUAUGGAGAGCGAAGGUGAUAGUUCACAGUUCAAAGGACUUAAUACUAUCAAGGGUCUCCCCACUCGAAUUUCGCACUUGGGCUCUCACUUCCGGCCGUUGAUUGUCGCGCUCUCAUCCGUCGUCGAACAACCAGAUCAGACAGUCAAGAUGGCUCCCGCACGCAAGAAGUGGUCCAAGGGCAAGGUCAAGGACAAGGCCCAGCACGCCGUUGUCCUCGAGAAGCAGGUCGCUGAGCGUCUCAACAAGGACGUCCAGUCUUACCGUCUCAUCACCGUCGCCACCCUUGUCGACCGUCUUAAGAUCAACGGCUCCCUCGCCCGUAAGGCUCUUGAGGACCUUGAGGAGAAGGGCCAGAUCAAGAAGGUUGUCGGCCACUCCAAGUUGAACAUCUACACCCGUGCCGUUACCGCUGAGUAA